AUGAGCUUCCCCAGAAAAAAAUCGAGUCUUGGUUAUCGCACUGGUGCGAAGAGUAAGGGCCAGGCCGGCUCUGACGGCCCUGGAACCCACUGGGAGCGGGAACUAAUGUUGGAUUCAGGGCCAUUGGCAGUUUGUGAGGGUCAAGGCCAGGGCCAGAAGCAAGGAGAGGGUGGCAAGGAGGCAGGGAUCUCAAACCCGCCAUUCCUCCAAUGGUUGUUGGAGGCCGACUCCGAGUCAGAGCCGGAACAGGAGCUGGGGCCGGAGCCGGAAAUGAUCCAGGCAGGAGCGACGGCCCUUAAGGCCUGUGAAACUCGCCCUAACACUCCUGUCUCUGACAGGGAGGGCCCCAGGGGUUCCGUUUCCCAGUUUGUUGGGGCACAUACGACCGUACUGCAGCCACAGACUCUCCAGGGUUCCAGAGCUGUACAGAGAUUUCUGAGCCCAGAAAGCCGCGCUGCAGAAGCGGCCGCCAUUUGGCCGCCGCCAGUGGAGGCUGGCCCCAACCAAAGAGGCGUGGUGGUGAACUGGGGCUCUAAGGAGUUAAUGCAGGCUUGUGCUGCCCCUUGGCUCAGGAGUCCCCCUAAGGAAGGAGGCCGAGCCCCGGGCCUCAGCAACAGAAGAGGUGCCAGACAGCAGUUGAACAUCACCACUGAUGUCCAGCGCGCCUGUGGGGAAGGCCUGGUGGGGCUGCCUUCUGACCCUGAGUCCUACGUUGAGCUCAGGGACAUGCAGACAGGGAGGGCUAGCAUUAAUCUGAAACGAGAUGGCCAGGCCAUGCAACCCACAGAAAGCCCCAGAUACUCUAUUUCUCCACGCAGGGAGAAUUUCCCUCAUGUUUCAGGCCCUUUCUCAACCACUGCCCUUUGGAGUCGCGAUAGUACCAUUGAAAGGCAGGUCGUGGGAGAGCUAGGGCCCUCUUCCCCGAAGAAAAUGCAGGCUUGGCUCUCCAGGAGGGUUGGGGGCAAGUCUAGUCCCCCUAGGGGUGCUGAUGCUGCUACUGGCAAAACAGAAGCCCUUCCUCAGGCCCUUCCUAGCAGGCAGUUAUCCCCAGGGAAGAGAUCUCUAGGGAACUCCCCUGAAGUUGUCCUGGGGACAGCCCUUUCACCUCGGAGGCGGAGACAACUGCCUGUGGAUCCAGCCACCAUCCCUCCUGUGACUGGUAUUUCACUGCUUCCGAAGCCUGGUACAUCCUCACUUGCUUGGGAACCCAAACAGUCCAAACAGGGCUCCCCUGAGAAGAAAUCUGGGGCCAGGAGGCAGACCCAGCUUGUGACUAGAGGAGACUUGGGCUCAACUAGAGCUCCAGACUCAAGGAGCCACCUUCCCUCUCAGAGGUAUAAGCAUCAUGAAUCCAGCAGUGGGGACACUGACAUCCAAGAGCCACAAGUUAUGGCUACCUUCAAGCCUUUGCCCUCAAGCCGGGGAAGUUUCACAGCCAGAGGCCUUGUGAUCUCUAGAGUCAAGCAGCCAUCUAGUCAUCAACAGACUCUGAAAAUGCCAGAGUUUCCACCUGGAAUAGAGGGCUGUCCUCGGUGUACUGUGCUAGAAGAAGAGGUGCAAGACCUUAGAAAUGAACUAGAUGAGCUUACUACAGUAGUGAUCCAGUUGAUUGGUGGAAAGUUCCAGAAUAUAUAAUGUUGAACCGGGCAUCUUCUACCAGAAAAGCAGAUGGUACCUGUGGAUGCAGGAGCUGUGUCCCAGCUGCUUUCCUCAUGUUCCUCUUCAGCCAGAGCUUCUUUUUUUGGAAGAACACUUUAUUGAAAUACUGUGUACAUAUGUGGUUUUGUUAUAUGAUUAUACAGCCAACUCCCAAAUUAAGUGGAAAGCUUUACUAGUACCCCAAGAAUCCUCACCGUUCUCGUUCUUUCUUCUUUUAAUGUGAUAAAUAUGGAUAUAUUGUUGUUUAUACAGUAUGAUUCAGUUAAACAAUAUUUGUCAUA